AUGUUUAAUCCACGUUUCUUAGUGGUCAGCCUCGGAAAUCCCUUACCCAAAUAUGAGAGCCUCCAUUCAGCUGGCCAUUUCGCCCUCAAUGGCCUCGUCAAAGCGCUCAGACAACCGCCGUUUCGCGAGGUGAAAUUCGGGAAGCAGACGUGUCUGGUCUCUUCGGGGCCAAAGUACACGCUCGUUCAGUCGCCGACGCUCAUGAACAUAUCUGGACCGUUCGUGGCGAAAGCAUGGCAAGACAUUGUCCGGCAGCAUGAUGCAUCAUCAACAAGUCUCGUCAUCAUUCACGAUGAAUUGGAGAAAACCUUUGGCGAUGUGAGGCUCACGCCUUGGGAUCGAAGUCACCGAGGUCACAAUGGGCUGAAAAGUGUCAAGAAGUCAUUACUUCAAGAUAAAUUCCCAAGGUCACCUUUCGUUCGCAUAGCAAUUGGCAUUGGUCGCCCAACUGAGCGGGAUCCGGCCACAGUCAGCAAAUAUGUUUUGGACAAGAUCACGCUCGAGCAGCGAAGGGUAUUAGAAGAGGCUGUCCCAUUCGACGUAGCCAAGAGACUGGUAGAGCUCGAAGACGAGUGGAGAACAGAAAUUGAAUCCUGA